AUGCGAUGUAAUGCUAAUCCAAUUGGGGAUCCGGUUGUAGAUCGGCGUCGGCCGCGUCGUGUCAGUUGGAGGGUGUGCGCGAGGGGUAUAUAAAGCAUGCGACCUUGCC